AUUCCGAAGUGAGCGCGCCGUUAAGCAGGAGCGCUGACAGACGGAGCCGUUCGCGCGCUCGAGCGAGGAGGAAUCUCCGGUUAUUUAUAAAAAUGCGGUCUAAGGGAGUGCUCCUGUUCCUGCUGCUGGGCGCGUUCACGGCUUACUACGUUUAUAUGCCCAUUCCGGACAACAUUGAGGAGAGAUGGAAGCUCAUGUUCACGGACUGCUUCUUCAGAAGUUUGAGCCACCUGGCAGACUUUAGUGAGCUGUUGGGGCUGAAGGACUACAUGGGGGUGAUGAUGUUCAUCACGUUUGCGGAACAAGUAGUGCCUGUGUCUGAUGAGCGGGUGCAGGUGUCAGAAGAGCUGUUUGACGGUGUGGAGGUGGUGGUGUAUCAGCCCAGGCAGCAGAAAGGAGCUGGAGAGGCGCGGAGGGCCAUCAUCUAUCUGCACGGGGGAGGAUGGUGCCUGGGCAGCUCCAGAAUGGGACCUUAUGAUCUUAUGGCCAGACAGAUGGUUACAGAGCUCAAUGCGGUUGUUGUUUCUGUAGAGUACCGCCUGGCCCCAGCUCAUCGAUUUCCUGCCCCGUUUGAGGACGUGUACCGUGUCGUCAAGUACUUGUUCCAGCCGGACGUCCUGGAAAGGUACAAAGUGGACCGAGAGCGGGUGGCCGUGUCUGGGGACAGUGCAGGAGGAAACCUGGCGGCUGCAGUGACCCAGCAGUUGCAGUUGGAACCAGAGAACUCUAUAAAGCUGAAGGUGCAGGCCUUGCUCUACCCAGUCCUGCAGGCCGUGGACCUCUACACGCCAUCCUACCAGCAGAACCAGAACAUGCCCAUCCUGCCGCGCACGCUCAUGGUGCGCUUCUGGAGCGAGUACUUCUCCAGUGAUAAGUCUCUCUUCAGGGCCAUGAUGGCCAACGACCACAACGGCCCCGAAUCUGCCGCAAUGCUCAAGUUUGUUAACUGGAGCGCUUUCCUGCCCGAGUCGUAUCGCCGGGCGUACAAUUACAGCGCGCCUCCUGUAGCGCAGACUGAAACAGACCAGCACUCCAACGAGCCAGCUCGCUCCCUCGUAGACCCGCGGGCCUCACCCCUGUUGGUACCCGAUGAAGUGCUGCGUCCGCUGCCCAAGGCCUACGUGCUGACGUGUGAAUACGACGUGCUGCGGGACGACGGCGUGAUGUACGUCACGCGCUUGCGUCAGGCCGGGGUGGACGUGACGCACGAACAUUACCCAGCAGGGUUCCACGGCGCCAUUAUGCUCACUGUGUGGCCCACUGACUUUGAAAUUGCACGAAGGAUGGUGGACAACUAUAUACAGUGGCUCAAGCUAAAUUUGUAAACUUUACGAUUUGAGUGCUGUGAUUGUACCAAAUUUGCGAAUGACACAACUUGGCAAAGUUUUAUGACUAUUGUGAAUUAUAUAUUUUGCAAAAUUAAGUAAGUUAUUUAAACAAUAGCUUUACAUUCCUUCUCUCAGACGUCAUCUGGGCACCAGGCUGUGGUUAGAUGUUCAACAUUGCUUUUGUAAUGUAACCAAAUGUAUUAUAUGUGUUUGUUUCAUGCUGUUUACAUGCUGUUUAGCUGCUGCUGACUCUUCUUUGGGGGUAUUUUGUUUUCUUUUUUUUAAAGGGCACAGUUUUUGAGUUUUUCUUGCUUCAUCCUGGAUAUAGAGUAGUCUCUUCACUGCUGACUCUUUUUUUAUUUUCUCAAGUCUUAAUAUUCUUAAUAUUCUCAUGACCUGGAUUCAACAAAAACAAAACUUCCUAUUUCUACUUCUCUAUGUGAUGCCCUAUCUAUGUGUACCAGUCUGUUAAUAACUUUGCUAAUCUUGCCAGUUUUUUAUCCUUUCCUGAAAUGACAGAGGAAUCGACCAUUUUUUCUACAGUACUGUUAAUCACAUUUGUGUUAUCACUCUGUAUGAAUGAAUGUACUUGAUAGGAUUCAGUUUGACAAGCAGUAAAAAGUCAACUGAA